AUGAUUUUUCCGGAUUUUGACAAUUCCAUCUUCCUACAAAUCGGGAAUUGUGAUAAGAAAAAAUAAAAAAUUACAGAAAAAAACGCAUUUUCACUUCGCGCUAUACACGAUAAAAACCAUUUGCAUAUAUAGUUUGUGCAGCUGUUUCGUCCGAUUUACUGUUUUACGUUUAUUCUUAUUGUCGCACAAAGAGGACACGGAGGAAAGGAAAUAACAUUUUGCUCAACCGCUUCGACGCUUUGAUAGUGUUGUUUACAACAACGUGUGAUACAACUGCGAGUUUUGUUUUCUCUGUUGUUUGUUGUAAUGUAACAGGCUAUCCCGACCACACUGCCGUCUUGUAAUCAGCGUCCCAAUCGCGUCACAGUCCCAUUUAAUCGCUGAAGUACACUUUUAUCAAACCACCUGCCCACACGACGCGUUAGUUUCGCCGGAUAUUGCGUGUGGGUUUUUUGUACACAUCAUCAAUCUCCUCCUCCAUCACUGUUGGACGCCAUUAAUCGAUGAUUGCCGAUUGGUGCACAUGAGGUAAAGCAGGUGACGGAUGUAGAUGUAGAAGAACCACGAUUCUUCCACGUGCAAAGAAUAUUCUUCAUAUCAGGCAGAAGUGCCCCGAAAGUAAGUGUCCCUGUCCCGGCACCAGCUAACCAUGUUCCAGAAGCGGCAGCUGCGCAUCAUCUACCUGGUGAUUUUGAUCAUCAUGAUAGUGUUGAUCUACAAAAGCUUCACCCAGCACAAGCCAACCGAUGACGAAGUGGAACAAACGUCCGGUGGUGAAGCUAUGCUAAAACCAAGCGCGCCAGUUUACGUGGUCGUGUACUACGAGGCAUUAUGUCCGGACUCGAAAAACUUUGUCCUCCAUCAGCUAGUGCCGGCUUACGAGCGAGCACCGGAACUCGUCGAUAUAGAGUUCGUCCCAUUCGGUAAAGCUUCGUGGACGACAAGGUCAGACGGAUCGCUGGAGUUCGAAUGCCAGCAUGGACCGAUAGAGUGUGAAGCCAACAUGAUCCAUGCGUGCGUUGUUGAGGCCGUGCGGGAACCCCGAACGCGACUCGACAUGGUGGCCUGCAUGAUCAAGAACAACAUCAUCCCCCGGGACGCAUUUUUCCGCUGCGCCAAGGAGCACGGUGUGGAGAUCGAAUCGAUCAAAAAGUGUUACGACAGCCCGCACGGUGCCGAACUGCUGAAGGUGCACGGUGAAGCAACGAAUGCACUACGACCGGCCGUUACGUUCAUCCCGACCGUAACGCUCGAUGGUGCGCAGUACGUCCAGAAGUCGAUCCUGAAGGAUCUGUUCGGUAACGUGUGUCAGGUGGUGUCGGGCCGUGGACCGAAACCGGAUGUGUGUAAAUGAUAGCAGCUAGUGUUGCACUUCCUUGCCCGCUACCUGCAAUCGGAGGUACUGGACGAAGUCCGGCAGCUUCCCGGGCAGCUGCGGCGAGGAUUGUUUUGGUUGCUUAACUAACUUCUACAACUGGAGAACGACGGAGAUAGAGAGAGAGAGAGAGAGAAUCCUUGUAUCAAGUCCAUCCAAAGUCAUCGACAAAGAUGCCGUUCUGUCGAACAGUCCUUAAAACCGGUGCACAACUCCAGUUAGAUGAGUGUGCAAUCUGCACAGUUGUACUACUGUGCUUUCGAUCUUCUAUUGUAAUUUAUUUCUUCCUUUCUUUUACGGGUGCUUCGGUCCAGAUCGCAACCCACUCAACAUACGCUCCUUCAGUUACUCAAUUUAAGCCAAACCGGAAAAAAGGCGCGGCAACAACUAGAUGGCUCAUGGUAGAUUAAAGGUAAAAUAAAACUAGAACAAAUAUAAUAGUGCAAUGUAGUGUGUGAGGCUUCGAACGUUGGACACGUCGAGCGGACGACGUCCAGUGCCCCUUUAGUCGAUAUUCCAAGCGAAGUAGUCAAACAGCUGCAAUGCGGGCUGAGAUAUUUAGUCAUGUUCAAUUCCCCUUAUAGAAACAUACGAUACGGCUUCCGCCUAUCGGAACCGGGACCGGGAAGGUCGGAAUACACCGUAAAGAAGCAAUGUGUGAAACAAACAAGAACACAGGGUUUUUUCCGUAAAGUGUAGAAAAGAAGGAGCGUAUAGAUGUUUAAGAUGGUACUUCCAUUUUCAUUUGUUUAGUUUGCGUGCUUGGGACUGGAACAGAAACACAGCUCUAGGGGUGACUGUUUUCUACGAAAGAGACUGAGCAUUUAUACCACACACACACACGUACGUAUCGAAUUUAUGUCCAGCGAACGCAUUGCAAUACAAAAGUAAGAUAAGGAUCGUAUUAGUAGCGAUCGGUACAUUCUAUGAGUUGUGUUCCGUUGAAUGUAGGUUUCGUUUUUGGGUGAUAUUUACAAAUAGUUUUUGGUGCAGAUUGUUACGGUUAAGGCAGUAUAGUGGGGAUCAGUUAAAUUAUUAAUAAAAAUUGUUUACCGCUCCAUCGAA